AUGGACGCUCCCGCCCCCAAGACAUCGCAAAACCUCUUUGAGGUCUAUCUGCGCCUGCGCCCGCCCCCUAGUGCUGCUGCCGCUGCACAGACCGAACGAGUCCUCACCGUCGAGACGCCCGAGCAGGACGGCGUCAAGCCCAGCCACAUCACACUCAACCCGCCGUCGGAUCGUCGUCGCGCGAUUGAGCGCUUCGGCUUCACGCAGGUCUUUGAGGAGACGGCAUCGCAGCUCGAUGUAUUCUCUAGCACCGAGAUUGUCGGCAUGGUGGAAGGCGUGCUGGCGCCCAAGGGCGGCGAGGGGACGGACGCUGUCGUCGCGACUCUUGGCGUGACUGGCUCCGGAAAGACACACACUAUCCUCGGUUCGAAAACGCAGCGUGGCCUCACGCAGCUCGCCGUCGACGUCGUCUUUCGCUCCAUCGGCCCCAGCAUGCUCGACGCCGCCUCCUUGCCCGCCAUCAUCGAGUCGCUGCAAGCCUGCGAUCCUUCGGAAUCACCGCUCGUGGCGGCACCGCAGUACCUCGAGACAGUGUUUGCCGACCACUCGCAGUUUUCGCGCGCCAACUCGCGCGCCGCCACGCCCAUGAUUGGCGACUUUAGCUCGAGCGUCAUGUCCCCCGCGCCGCCGCGUCGCAACCUGCCCCCGAUGCCGAAUGCGCUCCCGAAGCAGCCCGAUGUGAGCGGCGUCCUCGUGCCGUGCGACACAUCGGCCGAGUAUGUAGUGGUUGUGUCCAUGUACGAGGUCCACAACGACCGCAUCUACGAUCUACUCACGCCGGCGACCAAGAACGCUGCUACAAAGGAGUUUCGUCGCCGGCCACUCCUGUUCAAGUCGACGGAGCUGUCGCCGGACCGUAAGGUUGUGGCUGGUCUGCGCAAGGUGGUCUGCACCACGGCCAGGGAGGCCCUGCUGGUCCUCGAGGCUGGUCUUCAGGAGCGUCGUGUCACGGGCACCGGCAGCAACAGUGUGUCGAGCCGCAGCCAUGGUUUCUUCUGCUUUGAAGUCAAGAAGCGUCAUGGUGGUCGACGGCCUGGCCCGUGGGGCGGCAGCAAGCUUACUGUUGUUGACUUGGCGGGCAGCGAGCGCGCCCGAGAAGCCAAGACCGCCGGCGCCACGCUUGUCGAAGCUGGCAAGAUCAACGAGAGUCUCAUGUAUCUAGGACAGUGCCUGCAGACGCAGAGCGAGCUUGGAACCUCGACCAAGCCCAACGUUGUCCCAUACAGACAGUGCAAGCUGACGGAGCUUCUCUUUUCCAACUCUUUCCCUUCACAUACCAGCCCGCACAUGCCGCGCCGUAAUCCGCAGAGAGGUGUCAUGAUUGUGACAGCCGACCCGACGGGCGACUUCAACGCGACGUCUCAGAUUCUCCGCUACAGCGCCCUGGCUCGCGAGGUCACCGUUCCGCGAAUCCCGUCCAUCACUGCCACGAUACUCGCCAACGGAUCCGCAACGGCAGGGAACGGUGCACGCUCCAUAAGCCCUAUUCAAUAUCACAACCAACGACCGUUUGUCCCUGCUGGUGGCUACGGCAGCUACCGCAACCACACGCCCGUCGACGACCGCGCCACCAUGGAGAUUGCUGCGCUCGAGAUUGCCCGACUCAGCGAUGAGAUUGACCAGAUGCGCGCCGAGACGGACGCCCAUAUGGAGGCACGCUUCACCGCCGAGGCCCAUCUCCUCAGCAUGGAGGACCGCCUGAUUGACCUUGAGGCGGCCAUCCGCGACGAGUGCGCCGCCGAGUUUGAGCAGACGUUGAUGCUGGAGCUGGCCCGCUUCAAGACCAGUCUUGCGCUGGAGCAGGAGCGCAGCGAGGAGCACUGGGACCGCAAGGUCGACCUGCUUGAGCGCGGCCUGGACAAUGCCGACAGCGGUGACGAGUACAACAAGGAGAAUGUCCUGGUUGAAGACCUGUCUCAGGAGGUGGAGCGUCUGCGCCGAGAGAAUGCAGUGCUGAAGCGCGAACUGGCCGGUCGCAGCCCGACGAAGCGCAAGCCGCUCGAGGAGAGGGAUGAUUUCUCGCCGGCGCCAGAAGCGGUGAUGAAUAACACCGGAAGCGUGUCGAACUUGGGCAAGAAGCUGGAGCGCAUGCGUGUGAACGGGGAUAGCGGCUCGCGGUCGGCUAGUGGUGCGAGCAAUGGCAGCCCGAAAAAAGUGCGCCGGACGGCCAAGGCGACGUAA